AUGACUGUCACCGAAGCUGUCAAAUCGGCCGUCGGCCUCAGCGAUCCCGCAUCAGCUCCUGCAUCACGGGAAGCCAUGAGCGAAGCCAGACUUCCGCUCGCAUACCGCGACAGCUGCGCAAACUUAUUGAUUCCGUUGAACCGAUGUCGGUAUGAGGAAUACUAUCUGCCGUGGAAGUGCGAGACAGAGAGACAUAGUUACGAGAAGUGCCAGUACGAGGAGUUCAAGAAGCGGGUUGCCAAGAUGGACGAGUUGAGGGCGGCAAAGGGCGGGCAGAGGAGCAACUGA